AUGAACGAUUUCGCGCGACGCGCGGCGUCGCGAGCCGUCUUCGCGUCGACGCGCGAUCGCGGGCGUCGACGCGCGCGACGGCGCGCGCGGUGGCGCGCUCGAAGCGCGCGCGACGCGCAGGGAGGGGCGAAUUUCGAGCGAUUGAUUCGACGGAACGAGUGGUUGUUCCCGCAGCCCGAGCGAGACGACGAGCGCGAGGCGCUGGACGCGUUUUGGCUCGCCAAGGGCGCGCGCGACGAGCGCCAGCGCGCGCGGUUGGUGGCGAUGGGCCGAGAGCUCGCGAGCGGGGUGGCGGAGCGAGAGCUGUACGGGGACGCGGACGCGCUGGGACACGCGACGAGACGACUCGAGGCGAUGUUUCCGCGAGGCACGGACGUGGCGAAGAUGCUGUGGCACUGCCCGGAGGUGCUGCAGCUACCGCUGAGCGAGGUCGCGCGGCGAUUGAUCGCGCUGAAGCGGGCGUUUCCGAGAGUGAACGCCGAACGGGUGCUGGAGGGAAAUCCGCGCGCGUUGCUGAUGGACGACCUCUCGGUCGUCGCGGACGCCGUGGAUGAGCUCCAGCUCGAGUUCCCGCGCGUGGACAUGGUCGCCGUGAUUGAAUUCGAGCCGCACGUCAUUCAGCGGGCGCUUCCCGCGCGCGUGCGCGCGCUCAAAUCCAUCAAGCCGUGCGACCGCUCGGCGUCGCUUCGCGCGUUUUACCCGCCGCGCGUCGACGAUCCUCCGUCGUUCGAGCCGAUGAAGAACGCGCAGUUGUUCGCUAAAGUCUUUUUACUCACCACUGAGUGUUCGUUUCCGCGCGGAGACGUCUAG